AUGUCUCGAAGGAAGAUUUCGUCGGAGUCCUUCAGCUCCCUGGGUUCCGACUACCUGGAGACGAGCCCCGAGGAGGAGGGGGAGUGCCCCUUGUCUAGGCUCUGCUGGAACGGCAGCCGGAGCCCGCCCGGGCCGCCCGAGCCCAGCGCGGCGGCCGCCGCCACCCCGACCCCGGCAGCCGCCGCCGCUACCGCCGCCACGGCUGGGGCCAGAAGAGCGCAGCGCCGGAGGCGGGUCAACCUGGACUCUCUGGGCGAGAGCAUCAGCCGCCUGACGGCGCCCUCGACCCAGAUGAUACAGCAAACUCUAAAGAGGACAUUGCAGUAUUAUGAGCACCAAUUUACUGGUUAUAGGGAUGUAGAAAAGAAUUUCUACAAUAUUUCUAACAGAUGCUCCUAUGCAGACCAUUCCAACAAAGAAGACAUUGAAGAUGUCUCAGGAAUUCUUCAGUGUACUGCUAACGUACUCGGUUUGAAGUUUGAGGAAAUUCAAGAAAGAUUUGGUGAGGAGUUCUUUAAUAUAUGCUUUGAUGAGAAUGAGAGAGUCCUUCGAGCUGUAGGUGGCACGUUGCAGGACUUUUUUAAUGGCUUUGAUGCAUUGUUGGAACACAUUAGAACUUCUUUUGGAAAACAGGCCACUCUGGAGUCACCAUCAUUCCUAUGCAAAGAGCUCCCUGAAGGUAAUCUUAUGCUCCACUACUUCCACCCUCACCACAUUGUGGGGUUUGCAAUGCUUGGAAUGAUUAAGGCUGCAGGAAAGAAAAUCUAUCAGCUGGAUGUAGAAGUGGACCAGGUUGCAAAUGAGAAACUGUGCUCUGAUGGUUCAAACCCAGGCAAUUGUAAUGGUCUUACUUUCCUUAUCAAACAAUGUGAAAAUACUCAUAUCACGAAGAACCUUCCACAGGGAACCUCCCAAGUUCCUGCGGACCUCAGAAUUAGCAUCAACACCUUCUGCAGAGCCUUCCCUUUCCAUUUGAUGUUUGACCCCCACAUGACAGUCCUUCAACUGGGGGAAGGCCUAAGGAAGCAGCUCCGAUGUGACACUCACAAAGUGCUCAGAUUUGAGGACUGCUUCGAGAUUGUUUCUCCAAAGGUUAAUGCCACCUUUGAAAGGGUUCUGCUGCGACUGUCCACGCCAUUUGUGAUUAGGACCAAGCCUGAGGCUUCUGGAACUGAGAAUAAAGACAAGGUGAUGGAAGUUAAAGGACAAAUGAUCCAUGUCUCAGAAUCAAAUUCUAUUUUAUUCUUGGGUUCUCCAUGUGUGGACAAGUUGGAUGAACUCAUGGGACGAGGGCUGCAUCUCUCAGACAUCCCUAUCCAUGAUGCUACCCGAGAUGUAAUUUUGGUUGGUGAGCAGGCAAAGGCCCAAGAUGGCUUGAAGAAGAGGAUGGAUAAAUUAAAAGCAACUUUAGAAAGAACUCACCAGGCCCUGGAGGAAGAGAAAAAAAAAACAGUGGAUCUUCUAUAUUCUAUUUUCCCUGGUGAUGUAGCCCAGCAAUUGUGGCAAGGGCAGCAAGUGCAAGCCAGAAAGUUUGAUGAUGUCACCAUGCUCUUUUCAGACAUUGUUGGCUUCACAGCCAUAUGUGCCCAGUGUACCCCCAUGCAAGUAAUCAGCAUGCUGAAUGAACUGUACACAAGAUUUGACCACCAAUGUGGAUUUUUGGAUAUUUAUAAGGUGGAAACAAUAGGUGAUGCAUACUGUGUUGCUUCAGGGCUCCACAGAAAAAGCCUCUGCCAUGCUAAACCCAUUGCUCUGAUGGCCCUGAAGAUGAUGGAACUUUCUGAAGAGGUGCUGACACCUGAUGGAAGACCAAUUCAGAUGAGAAUAGGCAUUCACUCAGGCUCUGUGCUGGCUGGAGUUGUUGGGGUAAGAAUGCCACGAUAUUGCCUGUUUGGAAAUAAUGUCACUCUGGCAAGCAAAUUCGAAUCGGGAAGUCACCCUCGACGCAUCAAUGUCAGCCCAACCACUUACCAAUUAUUGAAACGAGAAGAAAGUUUCACAUUCAUUCCUCGGUCCCGUGAAGAGCUUCCAGACAACUUUCCAAAGGAAAUCUCUGGGAUCUGCUAUUUCCUGGAGGUAAGAACUGGUCCGAAGCAGCCAAAGCCUUCUCUUUCUUCAUCGAGAAUAAAAAAGGUUUCCUACAACAUUGGCACAAUGUUCCUCCGGGAGACAAGCCUCUGA